GGAUAAACCUGCUGCGGGAGAGAAACCGAAAGAAGAACCAGCUCCAGCAGCAGAACCAAAAGAAGCUGCAGAUAAGGGAGCACCGCAAGCACAGCCAGGAGUAGAGGCUCCAAAGGAGCCUGGUGAUCAAGAUAAGGAAGCCGGAGUGGAGCCGGUUCGAGCGCAGGCAGGUGCUGCUCCGGGAGAGAAACCGAAAGAAGAACCAGCUCCAGGAGAUAAACCGAAAGAAGAACCUGUUCCACCAGAGAAGCCUAAAGAAGAGCCAACUCCAGCAGACAAACCGAAAGAGGAGCCAACGCCAGGAGAUAAACCUAAAGAGGAACCCGCUCCACCAGCAGAACAGCCAAAGGAAGCUGCAGAUAAGGGAGCACCACAAGCACAACCAGGAGCAGAGGCUCCGAAGGAGCCGAGCACAGACAAACCGAAAGAAGAGCCAGCACCAGGAGAAAAACCGAAGGAAGCACCAGCUCCACCAACAGAACAGCCAAAGGAGGCUGCAGAUAAGGGAGCACCGCAAGCACAGCCAGGAGUAGAGGCUCCAAAGGAGCCUGCAGAUAAGCCCAAGGAAGAGCCAAUUCCAGCAGAUAAACUGAAGCAGGAGCCAGCGCCAGGAGAUAAACCUAAAGAAGAGCCUGCUCCGGGAGAGAAACCGAAAGAAGAACCUGUUCCACCAGAGAAGCCUAAAGAAGAGCCAACUCCAGCAGACAAACCGAAAGAGGAGCCAACGCCAGGAGAUAAACCUAAAGAGGAACCCGCUCCACCAGCAGAGACAGCCAAAGCACAACAAGGAGCAGAGGCUCCGAAGGAGCCGAGCAGUCAAGAUAAAGGGGCCCAAGUGGAGCCGGGUCAACCACAGCCAGGUGCUGCUCCGGCAGAUAAACCGAAAGAAGAACCAGCUCCAGCAGAUAAACCGAAAGAAGAACCUGUUCCAGCAGAGAAGCCUAAAGAAGAGCCAACUCCAGCAGACAAACCGAAAGAGGAGCCAACGCCAGGAGAUAAACCGAAAGAAGCACCAGCUCCACCAGCAGAACAGCCAAAGGAAGCUGCAGAUAAGGGAGCACCGCAAGCACAGCCAGGAGUAGAGGCUCCAAAGGAGCCUGGUGCUGCUCCGGCAGAUAAACCGAAAGAAGAACCAGCUCCAGCAGAUAAGCCUAAAGAAGAGCCUGCGCCAGCAGAUAAACCGCAGGAAGCACCAGCUCCACCAGCAGAACAGCCAAAGGAAGCUGCAGAUAAGGGAGCACCGCAAGCACAGCCAGGAGUAGAGGCUCCAAAGGAGCCUGGCGAUCAAGAUAAAGAAGCCGAAGUGGAGCCGGGUCAAGCACAGGCAGGAGAGAAACCGAAAGAAGAGCCAACUCCAGCAGACAAACCGAAAGAGGAGCCAACGCCAGGAGAUAAACCCAAAGAGGCACCAGCUCCACCAGCAGAACAGCCAAAGGAAGCUGCAGAUAAGGGAGCACCGCAAGCACAGCCAGGAGCAGAGGCUCCAAAGGAGCCAGGAGAUCAAGAUAAAGAAGCCGAAGUGGAGCCAGGUCAAGCACAGGCAGGCGGAGCUGCAGCACCUGCGGGUGAUCAGCAGAAAGAUGGAGCUGCUGCAGCAGAUCAGCAGAAGGACGCAGCUGCUGCAUCGCAAGGUGAUCAAAAGAAAGAACCAUCUGCUCCCGAAGGCGAUAAGGUACGAUACUUCCCGUCUCAUAAAAUAUUUCCUGGGGAAACCUGA